GCUCGAGCGAGUCAGUAGAGUUUUCGAACGAAGAGCUGCUGGGCGGCUGAGUGGGUGGAGACGCGCGUUAAAGCCCGUGAUGCGCCCUUCCUCAGCGCGACUUGCUGCCCGAACGGACACUGGACAACAACCUCAGCCGUCCACUUCAGCACAAGGAGAACACCACCGGUGACAUAGCGCCCAUGCGCCGCCCGACAGCUGCAAGAUGAUGAGCAGCGCUCUUUGUCGCGGUCUGCAAACUCAGCCGGUGUCGCCGUCGCGGCCGCAUGACAUAUGGAGCCCCGCUCGCCGCUCGUACAGCGGCAUCAGCACCCCAGUGACCUCGACCCCAACCAAGAGCUACUUCAUGAUGGGCUCCCGCCGCAGCUACUCGCCUCCUCGGCGACCCCAGUCGGCGCCAGGGGCGCGCGAACAGCGACUGACGGUGCCGGCGGCGCCCGAGAUCGAAACUGAAGAAGAGUACGUCGAGUUUUACCAGAAGCGAAUCCUCACCGCCCAACAAAAGCAGUUGCUGCCUCUGCAAGAGGACCUUGCUGACUGGCUCAACAAACUUCUGGAGUCAAGCGAUGUCACUGCUUUAAACUUUAUGGACGCUCUCGACGAUGGAUUAGUCGUUUGCCGUUUAGCCAAAACCAUCCAGGAGCAAGCUCAACAUGCUGUGGAUGAAUGUCGAGCUAAAGGGCCUGUGCCAAAACUAAGUGGCCGAAUUUGGCAAAAAGCUGCAAAAAGAAGCUUCUUCUCAAGGGACAACUCCGAAAAUUUCAUUAAAUUCUGCCGGCAAUUAGGAGUACAUGAAAAUCUCAUUUUUGAGUCGGAUGAUUUAGUGAUGCACGUAGCUCCCAGGAAUGUGGUCAUCUGUCUGCUAGAAGUGUCCAGGUUGGCGUCGUCCAAGUUUGGAGUUGAGCCUUCAGGACUCGUUCAAUUUGAACGAGAAAUCGCGGAAUGCUCGUCUCCCUUCAACAACAGCAGAAUGUCACCAGCACCUGGCACAGCGUUGUCCGACUCUGGGCUGUCCGCUGCGUCUCUUAUGUCCUGGCGGCCACAGUCACCGACUCGACCUUUACAAGAGGAGGACGACAAGAACAAACUAAGACUCGCAAGUUCAUCGUCAGUGCUAUCUCUGGGCUCUCCUGGCAGCAGCGGCCGCUGGUCUCGUCCUGGCAGUGCCGGCGAAGAGGACGAGGAACCGGACACUUGGCGAGCCACCCUGCCUUUGCUUGAGGACGCCAUCGAGCCAGACACAAGUUCUCGGUCAGGUCGCACAAGGAAUGGCAGCCUCUCAGACCUGAGAAGCCGAACGCCUUGCGAGGAGCGAAAGACCAACAAAGGCCUAAGUGAAUUGGACAGGAAGGUCGAACAGGCCGCCAAGGCUGCAAGGAAGCAGUGUCGCUGCGAAGGUAGUGACGGUGCAGACGGAGACUCCAAGAGUCCCAAAUGCACCAACAAGCUCAUGGUCAGACGCCUUGGAGGUGGAAAGUACAACAUUGCAGGACGAAAUGUUUUUGUCAGACUGUUGAAAGGUCGGCACAUGAUGGUCCGUGUGGGUGGCGGCUGGGACACGCUGGAACACUUCCUGGAGCGCCACGAUCCUUGUCAGGUUCGUGUGCUGGGUAGGGGUGAUUCUUCAGCGGCCAACUCGCGCAGUAACAGCCGAUCAAGUGGUAUAAACCGCAUCGGCCUGGCCAACAACACUCCCCGCAACUCUUCGCCCGCUACGCCCAGUGAAGGAUUUUUGCACAUCCGCGCCAAGUACCGUAGCCCACCGCCUGCCCGCAGCUAAAUGUUGACAAGGAUGUUAGACAAAUGCGUUAUAAAGAAAAGUUUGAUAACUUAAUUUCACAAAAUCUCUUAUAUUUUACAUUAUAAAUCUCAAGUAAUGAAAAUCCAUAUAUGCAUUUAUUUGCAAUCCAGCCAUCAACUGUGGCCUUUAUGUAGAAAUGUAAUUCUUUUCUUAUCUAUUGCUUUUGAUUUUUAUAAAUUGGACUGAGUUUUCCAUUUUUACUUAUGCUUAAAAAGACCAGAUAAUAAUUUUUGUAUUUUGCCAUUAAUGAACUCUCUCCGUUUCCGCUAUGCUAAGUUCCUUUAACUAGUUUUAUAAAAUUACUCAUCCAAGUUGGGUAUUACUCAUUUUAGAAUUGUAAAAAUAAUUUUUCAUUCCAGUUAAUAGACUCAAAGUGUUGUAAAGACAAUUUUUUCCAAACCAGGAAAGUAUUUUUAAUGACUGUACUGUAAUGCACCCAGAACACAAGUUUGAAAUAUUUUGUGCAAUAUUAAUCAAAUGAUCGAUAAUGUUACUUACGAGACAAUUUAUCAAAAUGCAAUGCAGACGCAUUAUAUUUAUAAAGAACAAUGAUCACUAAGUGACAAAAUUAUGUUUGUGCAUGUUGUUGAAUUUCAAGGAUAUUGUAAAAAAAUGCAAUAUAUUUAAUGAAGUGACAUGUUUGGUAGCAUGAUUACUUUAAAAAUUUGCUGUAUAGCAUUAUAUCGAGGUGAAAAUAUUAAAUAAAAAAAUCUAUUAAC